AUGGCUUCUGCGCUGCUGCCAUCGCCUUUCUUUCCGUUGUCCUCUCUCUGCAUCAGCAGGCACAGCCCCGAAUCUGUAGCCUUGUACUGCUUGUGUCACUCCUGGUUGCGGCGGGAUUCCUCUGCGGAAUGGAGGACUAUAUCCAUGAGGGACAGGAGCAAGAACCGUAAGCCACUUCAGAAGGGGAGAAACCUCAGCAGCGAGGCGAUUCAGGCCAUCCAGGCCCUGAAGAGGGCGAGGAGACACGGUGACGAGGGGCGACUCGUGGGUGGAGGGGCCCUGGACGUCGUCAUCGAGUCGAAGAUCCGCCGGCUGAUCAAAUUUGACUUGAUGGCCGUGCUCGGGGAGCUCCAGCGGCAGAACGAAGCCUUUCUGGCUCUCCAGGUGGCGAAAAUCUCCUUUCCAAUUAGCUCCGCACUAUACAUGAUUUGGUUUUCUUCAUUUCUGCGAGGUGCGACGUUAGGAUCUAGCUGAGUGAUUUUCAACGAUGCAAAAGAUAGGGUUCGAAUAUAUCUCAAUAACGUGCGUCGAAGUUUAUUUCAUCUACGUCAGUCAAUAUUUCCUUGCAUAUUCCAUAUAAUUUCUUGGAAUUAUCAGACAAAAAUUCGUUGAUCUGAGAAUAGUGAAACUUUAGUAGGAAAUGUAAGACCUCUGGAUUCCAUUGUUGAUAGACGAAAGGUUUUGUCCGCUGAUCGAAGAACAAAGGUACAAGGAAGAACACAUGUUUAAUCAGUAAUGGUCUGGAAUAAUCAGAACAAAAUUUGCUCAUCUGAAACUAUUGUAGGAAAUCAUAGGAGCUCUAGAUUCCAUUUCUGUUAGACGAGAGGUGUUGUCUACUGACCGAGGGACAAAGAUACAAGGAAGAAUACGCGCUUCAGUGUGCUCAGUCUUCUACCUUUCCUCUUUUCUAAAACUUUUAGGCAACCUCCAUCAAUUUUGCGAUACUUUUGGAAAUCUGCAGCUUGAUGAACCCCUUUCUUCCAGUGGAGGCCCUUUCAACUCCCACCUUGAUGAACUAGUCUUCAUCGAUGAAUUUUCGUUCCCUGGUGGUCUGUGAACCAGUAUUUGAUUCUCCAUUGUUUUCAAAGUAUAAUUUUCGAUGUUUAAUGGUGAGGAUGGAUUGACAGGUCCUAUAUUUAUUUUGAUCCAGGUUUUCGAAGAGAUUCGCAAGGAGUACUGGUAUAAACCUAAGCUGUCAGUAUAUGUGAAUCUGAUCAGUGUGCUUGCAAGAAAUGGGUCUCUUGAGGAGGUUGAACGGGUCUGCUCUUAUCUGAUGAUGGAAAGAUGGGACCCUGACACUGAGGGAUUCAACUCCUUGCUUAGGACCCUUCUGGAUUUUGGCCGCAUCCACACCACGAUGGACUGCUAUCGUUUGAUGAAGUUGUGGGAGAGCGACCCAGAUGAGGCAACGUUUAAAAUCUUGAUAUGUGGGCUUGAGUCAAUGGGAGAGAUGGACAUUGCUGCCAGUUUAAAGCAGGAAGCGGAGAGGUACUUUGGAAGUUUGGACUUUCUUGAAGAAGAUGAGGAGACAGUCCCAGCUUAA